CGCCGAGGUUGAUAUAUCUUUGGACGUGCCAGGAUGACAGACGCAGGUUUUGGACGGUGACUGCAUAUUCACUAUUUUGGAGGACACACAGUCUGCAUAGGCAAGGCAGAAAAGACCGUCACGGCAUGUCUGCGAUAAAAUCUCACAUGUCACUGCCUGUGACGGUGGGCUUGUUGUUGGUGGGCAUCCCGUACUCCGUCUCCCUAGCUGUGCAGUGGCUGUACGGCUGGCCCAACAAGCCAGGAUUUAAGAAGUACACAGAGGCUCUAAAGCCAAGGAGAAUAUACUGCCUGACUAAGGCUCUGCUGGAGUCUCUCAGAAUCCUGCAGUAUGGGAGACUUUACUUUCAGUUGAUGUCGUGGUAUAAGAAUGAGGAGAACCAUAAGUAUUUUGAAAAGGGCAUCACGUUUGGCCGCAGAGGCACUAAGCUGGACUUGUACCACCCUCCGAAGGAUGAGGGCGUGCCUGCCCCUCUGGUGGUUUUCAUCUACGGGGGUGCAUGGGGCUCCGGAGAUCGAUCCAUUUACUGUUUACUGGCCAGGCAGAUGGCCAAAGAGCUUCAUGUGACUGUCGUCUGCCCCGAUUACUGCAUAUAUCCAAAGGGGAAUGUGUUGGGGAUGGUCCAGGAUAUUGCUGAUUGCUUGAUUUGGGCCCGAGAGAGUGCACAGAAGUUCAACUUUGACCGAGACAACAUUGUGUUGGUUGGCCAUUCAGCAGGUGCACACUUGUGUGCCCUGACCAUGCUGUUUCUCGUCGAUGCAAGAGAGGAGCUUUUCAUAGAGUCACGAAAGCAGCAGGACAUCAUGCGGUCGAUAAGAGGAAUGAUUGGUCUGAGUGGCGUCUACAACAUCAUGGACCACUACGAGCACGAGCAGAAGCGAGGCGUCGAAUACGUCUCCACCAUGCACAAAGCCAUGAACGGACUGGACAACUUCGCGUACUACUCACCGACACACGUGCUGGAGAAUCUCAGCGAGGACAAACUCAGCAGACUGCCUCCGAUCACGUUGCUCCACGGGACCAGCGACAUUGUAGUUCCCGUCGAGUCUUCCAUAAAGCUCUCCGAGCUGCUCACCUCCCUGUCUGUGAAGUCGAUGCUCUACCUGCUCCCCACAGUCAACCACGCCGACAUCGUCACUGACCUCAUGGCGCCGGACAGGAACUUCUACUAUCCCAUCUACAGCUGCAUCAGGCAGGAGUUCAGAAAGUUCCUGUCGGCCCAGUGACAUCCCAUCAGCUCACCAGUGACCAGAAAACACAGCCUCACGACAUUGUUAUUUAUUGACUGUGCCACACACUCACUCACUCACUGUGUUUAUGGUGUCAGCUGUAAAACAGAAUAAAUACUAUUAGCCUUAUAUGAAGUUGAUUAUUUUGAGUGGUGCUGCCAUAAUAAUGAUUUAAUCUUUCAUUUAUUAUCUGUCGUCAAAGCAAGUAUUCAUGUUUUAUUCUCCUGUGCUCUGCUUUUCCUGUUUGGAUAACGUGAUUAUAAUUAUGUCUCGGAACAACUGCAGUAUUAUGAAGACGAACACUGUUAAAAUGAGAGACCAGUGUACCUCUGUAUUUUUUGAUAAAAUUAAAUUUUUAUCUUGAUUUGU